GAAAUAUUUUAACUUAAUUACCAUUUUUUAUCAUAACCGAGUCAAAAGGGGUAGUUCUCUUUUUGAUUUUUGAAAUUUAUUAGGGAGUAUUUUAUUUCCAAAAUAGCUGAAAACAUUAAUUUUGAGGUUGUUUUGUCAAAAAAAAAUUAAAAAAAUUUGAGGUUGUGGUGUGUGUGUAUAUAUACAUGGUUUUCAUUUCUGUGUUGUCUGCGUGUUAAGUGGAUUCAAAGCAGAAGAAGCAAUGUUGAGAGUCUGUCGAUUACGAGUUGGAAUGGCGAUUCCAAAACUUUCUGAACUUUCCAUAAUUCCAUCACUAUUCUCCUUCUCUUUUACUUCCCAUUCUCACUCCCAAAUGCACACUUUUUCCUCCAUAAAAACCUUCCAUUUUCACUCACCUUCUUCUCUUCCUCUUUCACCAUUUACUUUUAUCAUGUCUCCCUAUGCAACGACUCUGUAUAGCACUGGGAGUAGUGCUGUUGAAGGUGGUGGAGAAAGGGAAGUAUUGGUGCAGCAUUUGUUGGUGAAAGAAGAUGACGAGAAACUAUUUUUGAAUCUUCAAAAGAGACUCUCAGCAGGUGAAGAUUUGAGCGAUCUUGCUGUGGACUAUUCGGUGUGCCCAUCUAAAGAAGAAGGAGGAAGGCUUGGGUGGGUGAGAAAGGGACAAAUGGUUCCUGAAUUUGAGGAGGCUGUGUUUAGUGCACCUUUAAACAAAGUUGUAAUGUGCAAGACAAAAUUUGGAUGGCACCUGCUGCAGGUUUUAUCUGAAAGGGAAGAAUCUGUAUUUCAAGACAUUCAACCUGAUGAGCUGCAUGUGAAACUUCAAGAUCCCAACUUCUCGAAGGAGGCACAGUUAAUUGAUGUUCGAGAGCCUGAAGAAGUGGACAAAGCGUCUUUGCCAGGAUUUAUGGUUCUUCCCCUCCUUCAAUUUGGAACCUGGGUGCCUGAAAUAAACACCAAAUUGGAUCUUCAAAAGAAUACAUAUGUUCUUUGUCAUCACGGUAUUCGGUCGUUAAAGGUUGCCAGGUGGUUGCAGUCACAGGGGUUCAGGAAAAUAUACAAUAUUUCUGGAGGAAUCAAUGCCUAUGCGGUGCAGGUCGAUCCGUCGAUUCCUACAUACAAUAGAGUGAAAUUUGGUGAGAGGACUCCAUCCAAUAUUUUAGCAAGUCACCCUUUCGGAACUUUCAACUCUUACUUGAGAGGCAAGGCAUGAGAUGUUCACGGAUAAAUAUUGGUAUGGACAUAUUUAUUCUGAAUUGGAGGAUUCUUUAGUUCUUGUUUCAAAAAAUUAAGGUUACAUAUCAGAUGCCUAUAAGGUGUUGUUUGGUUUCCUCUGCAAGUAAUUGUAACCUGCUUAUUUGAUAUUUUUUUCUUCUUCUCCUACAAUUGUUUCCUUUCAAUUCCAUGGCUUUCUCAUUCAUCA